GGCGGUGUGGGUGAGGACAUUCGCCGGGUUGGGGGAGGACCGGAGGGACAGGAGGGUGCGGGUUAGGGGGCCUCGGCACAUUGUUGCCUACUCGAGGAGCGACGAGGUCGUUCCACGUGAAUUUUCAUUCCACAUGCCCGAUAAGCUUGAACAUUGUCAGUCAUCACUGAUCUUUUUCCAGAGCGUCCAAGCCAGUUGGAGGACGCAGAGUCACACGGGUCAUUUGGUCAAAGCGCAGCAUCUUAAGGGACCGCAGCAUCUCUGAGCCGACGCCGUCGCUGUGACUCACCCGCAAUGGACGCGGAGGGCUUGAAUCAUGGCCGACCGCACCGCCGGACCCUCGCUGACUUCUGGUGAUCUGGAGCGAAGGGAUUGUUUCAACGGACGGUCCUGAGAUCGGCGCCUUCUUCCUCGGGUAUCGCCUGAGCUUCUCCGACCGGUCAUGGGUCUCCUGUGGGUGCUGUGGGUGUCCAUGUUGACGGUGUGCGUCGCCAUUCCCAUGGACGCGGCGGCGGGGAGCCACAGCCUGUUUACCUGCGAGCCCAUCACGCUGCGGAUGUGCCAGGAGCUGCCCUACAACACCACCUUCAUGCCCAAUGCGCUCAACCACUACGAUCAGCAAACGGCCGCUCUCGCCAUGGAGCCCUUCCACCCCAUGGUCAACUUGCAGUGCUCCCCCGAGCUCAGGAUGUUUCUGUGCGCUCUGUACGCGCCCGUCUGCAGCGAGUACGGCCGCGUGACCCCGCCCUGCCGCCGGCUGUGUUUGCAGGCCAAAAGCGACUGCUACAAACUCAUGGACAUGUUUGGCGUCGGCUGGCCCGAGGAGAUGGACUGCAACAGGUUUCCGGACUGCGACGAGCCCUACCCCCGUCCCGUCGACCUCCUGUCCAGCGCAGACACGACCGAGCCCACCGUUCCCGUUCAGCGAGACUACGGAUUCUGGUGCCCCCGAGAGCUGAAAAUCGACCCGGAGCUGGGCUACUCCUUCAUGGGGGUCCGCGACUGCUCGCCCCCUUGUCCCAACAUGUACUUCACUCGCGAGGAACUGACCUUCGCACGCUACUUCAUCGGCGUGGUGUCCAUCGUGUGCCUCUCCGCCACGCUCUUCACCUUCCUCACUUUCCUCAUCGACGUGUCGCGCUUCCGCUACCCGGAGCGGCCCAUCAUCUUCUACGCGGUGUGUUACAUGAUGGUGUCCCUCGUGUUCUUCCUCGGUUUCCUGUUGGAGGACCGGGUGGCGUGUAACGCCGCAGUUCCCGGCAGGUUUCGGGCCUCGACGGUGACUCAAGGCUCCCACAAUAAGGCCUGCACGCUCCUCUUCAUGGUGCUGUAUUUCUUCACGGUGGCGGGCAGCGUCUGGUGGGUCAUCCUGACCGUCACGUGGUUCCUGGCCGCCGUUCCCAAGUGGGGCAGCGAGGCCAUCGAGAAGAAGGCCCUCCUCUUCCACGCCUGCGCCUGGGGCAUCCCCGGCGUGCUCACCGUCAGCCUGCUCGCCAUGAACAAGAUCGAGGGAGACAGCGUCAGCGGCGUUUGCUUUGUGGGCCUGUACGACCUGCCGGCGCUGCGCUGGUUCUUGCUGGCUCCGCUGGGGGUGGACGUGGUGGUGGGCGUGGCGCUCCUGCUCGCCGGGAUCGCGGCUCUCAACCGCGUCCGCAUGGAGAUCCCCCUGGAGAAGGAGAACCAGGAGAAACUGGUCAAGUUCAUGAUUCGCAUCGGCGUGUUCUCCGUGCUCUACCUGGUGCCUCUGCUGAGCGUUCUGGCCUGCUACCUCUACGAGAACAGCCACAGGACCGUCUGGGAGACGACGUGGGUCCAGGAGAAGUGUCGCGACUACCACAUUCCCUGUCCCUACCAGGUGGGGCAGAGCAGUCGUCCUGACCUGUCCCUCUUCCUGAUCAAGUACGUGAUGAUGCUGAUCGUGGGGAUCCCGUCUGUGUUCUGGGUAGGCAGCAAGAAGACCUGCUUCGAGUGGGCCAGCUUCUUCCAUGGCAAGAGACGCAAAGACGCCAUGGUUGACAGUCGGCAGGUCCCGCGGGAGCCCGACUUCGCCCGGUUGCUCCUGAGGGACCCCCAGGAGCCCGUCGCCAGGAAGUCCCGCGGCACGUCCACGCAGGGCACGUCCACGCACGCCUCCUCCACCCACUUAGCCAUGCUGGACGAGCCCCCCAGCGGUAGCACCAGCCGGGCGGGCUCGCUGCGCAGCGGCCGCUCCAAGUUGAGCAGCUACCACGGCAGCCUGCGCCGCUCCCGAGAUGACGGAUACACGGCCUCCGGCUUCCGAGCGUCUGACGACCGCGCCCCUUACGGCAGCAUGCCCCAGCUGGACGACCCUUCCCGAACGAGACACUCGAGCGCAGAUCACCUGGACGGCCUGUCAAGACACGGUUCCGCUCACUUGCUGGACAUCCACUCUCGGCACGGCAGCAUCAGGGACCUCAGCUGCGUCCCCCAAGCUUCGCUGGGGUUCCCAGCAAACGGCAUUCACAGGGUGCUGGAGGAAGACGCAGCAUGAGACAUUUUACUGACAAUGUGCUCAAUCCUUUUUUUUUUUAUGCUUGGGUCUGGGGCAACGCCUUACAGGUGCCAGACCUACUCGCCAAAAUUAAGAACGGACUUGAAAAUAAUUUUUGGUCUGAACACAAUGUCCAAUCAUGAUCAGAAAUCCAAAGACUACUUUUUGGAUGGUUUUAUUGCACCUUUUGGAGGUCCUGAAGGUCUUUAGCUCACCCUUGUCCACUCGUUGGCCUUUUUUUGUGUUUAUCAGCAGGAUGGACUGAAACCUAUUUGCUCACUAACUGCACAUUCUGGUACGUUGGCUUGCUGAAAUCUCUCCGUUCAGAAUGUUUUCAUGCUCGGUGAAUGUGCUUGGGAAAUAAUUCUUAAACCAUGUUUAUCUCCCAAAAUAGGGGGAAAAGACAAGUAUAACACAGAAACUGCCAUGUUUUAGUAUUUUGUGGAUCAUUUCAAAUUUGAUGGGUAGGACAUAAAAUUACUUCCACUUGUGGAAUGACCCAGAUCAAAAAGUAGUCGGUAGGAAGAUAUCUUCAGAGCCAGUAACCUGAAUUUGUUUGAUUGUCACUUACCUUUAUGGAAUUGAUUACAUUAAAAAAUUAAGUCUGAAUUAUUAAAAUAAAACUAUUGAAAACUACCACAUAUUUUACAAGCCCCCCCCCCCACACACAUUUACCCAUCUACAAAUAAAAGAAUAAAUAGAAGGUGGCCCCUGAGCACUAAAGUUUGCCGACCCAUGUUGACCAGAGCAUUAUUUGUCCUGGUGGUUCAAAGCUGUGCAUAAAUGUACAAAAUUCUCUUUGAGUUUGUGAUUUUUUUUUUCAAUAAAUGGAAAAGAACAUGUUUUGCUAAAAAACACGCGCGCGCGCACACGCACACACACACACACACAGUGCAUUUGUAACAGCCCUCCGCUUUAUUGAAAUACAUCGGAGUCAGGUUAAUAUGAGUUGUCCACAGAAGUGUGGCAGCCAGUUCCAUACAUUUUGUUUUGACCUUACACCUUAAAUAUUUUUGUGCAAAAAGAAUCUACAUCACCUGUAGUGGGUUAUCCUCAGUAAAACGCCCAAACCGUUAAAAAAAAACAAAAGAAAGAAAAGAAAAUCCAAAAGAAAA